GACAUUGUGAACCCAGCUGAGUUGGUGCGACAUCUCGUGCCGAAUAACGAUGCAAUGCCUAAGCAAUGCGUACGCUGUGAACGUCCUUUUCGUGUCACAAGCUCUGGCGUAUAUGUAACUCGAGAAAAAUGCACUUUCCAUUGGGGUAAACUGUAUAAAGUAAAUACUCGGAAUAACAAAUACAAUAUACAAUACACUUGUUGUCUGGGCUCCAGAGAAUCAGUGGGUUGUGCGACUAAUCCUUUGCACGUGUGGACCGGCGUUGUUUCCGGCAUUAAUGGACCGUAUGGCGAUUUCGUGCACACGCGCAAGCUUACCGACGAGCCCAAGGUGUACGCAUUGGACUGUGAAAUGUCCUAUAGUGGAUGUGGACUGGCAUUGACCAAGAUUACCGUGAUUGGCUUUGAUGGACAAUUAGUCUAUGAGCACUUUGUGCGUCCUAUUGCUGAAAUUAUCGACAACAAUUCGCGUUUCUCUGGAACUAAAAGAGAUGUAUCCAAAUCGAAUAAGCGAGUUAAGGGACUCGGCGAGGUGCAACGUGAUUUGCUUCAGAUAAUCGAUGCCAACACUAUACUUAUCGGUCAUGGUUUGGAAAAUGAUUUAAGAGUGCUACACAUUGUUCACAAGACAGUUAUCGAUACUUCAAUAGUAUUUCCACAUUACAACGGUUUUCCGUAUCGACACUCGCUUAAGCAUCUGACGAAAACAUAUUUGAAACGUAAGAUUCAAUUAGAUGGCCAGAGUCACGAUAGUUUGGAGGAUGCUCGCGCGUGUUUGGAACUGAUGUUGUGGAAGGUGGCCACUGACAAGCAGAAUUGCUGAAAAGUGUACCUCGAUUGUAAUAGCUAGGAGUACUCUAGGAGUACGUUUGGUACUCCCUUGUAACAACGCUGUGGUGGCGUGGCUCUUCCUAACGAAGCAUUAUCUACGUUGAAUUUCUUAUAGUCCUGAGAGCAUUUCAUGCUUCGCUAUUCUAUGCUUCUGCGUCAUGUCACUUCACAUUCCAAAGGUGUCUUACCAUGGACUUUUUCCUUCCAUCCUCCUUCUAAAACUACUCCAUCACAGUUCAAAAAAAUUUCCAAAAGUUUCGUUUCGUGUCUGUAUUUGGUUACGAUUGAUUUAAAAUAUUAUAUUUGGGCUUACUCGAACGUUGGUAUUAAUGAAUGUGAGAGAUGCUCAUGUGCAAUCAUAUAGAAGCUGUUCCUUAUUAAUUGUGUAUCGCUUAGGGCCGAUUGUUGAAUUUUUUCUCUAGUCUUUGUUGUUAGAACCAAUUUUUUACUUGUUUAUAAUUUAAUGUUUAAAGAUUGGUAUUUAGAAAGAUUAAGAUUCUUAAGUGAGAAGUGCAAUUACUUUGAAUAUCUAAACAUCAAAAUUUAAUAAACAUAUUAA